ACCAACUCGCAGGCCUCCAAGGGGACCAUCAAGGAGGAGAAGGCCGUCUCCCCGGGCCAAGCUAGAGAGGGGUUACCCCCACGCAGGCUCAGCAAUGAUAACCUGCCGCCCAUGCAGCCCAACUCCAAGAUGAGUGCCACCUCGAAACAGAAGGGGCACCUGGACCGUGGGCAGUCCGGGAGCUUUUCGGACGAGGAGAUGGCGACCCCUGAAGACCUGUCCCCCUCGGCUCCUAACCCUCCCCCCACGCUCUCAGCCACGCCAGGUCCCGCCGAUACCCAGAGCGUGAAGCUGCCCAAAGGAACUCAGCCGCCCCACGUGAACAUGGCCGCUGUGGCACCAUUCCGGUAUAGACUGCAGAUCCGAGAGGACCACGAAUCCUCAUCGCUGGAGGACUUCAGUGACUGCUCCUCAGACUCCAUGGAGGUGUGCUGUGAUGACCUGCCUGCAGGAGGGAUGCUUGGGGCUAGUGUGAAAGGCAGAGAAGUAGAUCUCAAGACCGACUGCGGGGAGACCACCAAGACCUACAGCCAGGCGGAGGGCAGGGGUGCCGGGAGCAUGGCCGCCAAGAGGGGCAAGUCGGGGGUCCCGCAGCCUGCCAACCGAGCCGAGCUGCGGGUCUACCGGGCCGGCAGCUCCGAGGGGCGCCUGCCCGUCCCCUCCAACCUCCGCAAGCAGAAGUCCCUCACCAACCUGUGCGUGCUGACAGACGCCGAGAAGAAGAUGCACCUCUACGAGCCCAAGUGGUGUGACGACAUGGCCAAGCCCGCUGUCAGCUACCUCAAAACGGGCAAGCCCAAGGAGGGCAGCGGGGGCGGCGGCGGAGGGGGCGGAGGGGGCUCGGCCCCUCUCUCGCGCAACCUCUCCAAAUCGGAGCACUCCCUCUUCCAGGGCAAGCCCAAGCCCUUCAGCCCGCUGGCUGCCCCCUCCAGCCUGGGCAAGCCGAGCCGCAUCCCCCGGGGGCCCUACGCCGAGGUGAAGCCCAUAAGCAAGGCCCCCGAGGCAGCUGAGGACAGCAAGUCGGACGACGAGAUCCUCUCCAGCAAGGCCAAGGCUAACGCUAACGGCAAGAAGCCGACGGGCACCGCCAGGGCGGCCACGCCGGUGGGCAAAGGCCAGGAAGCGGAGGAGGGGGACAAGCCCUUCCUGAAGGUGGACCCUGAGCUGGUGGUGACGGUCCUAGGGGACCUGGAGCAGCUGCUGUUCAGCCAGAUGCUGGAUCCAGAGUCCCAGAGGAAGCGUACUGUGCAGAAUGUCCUUGAUCUCAGACAGAACCUGGAAGAUACCAUGUCCAGCCUGCGGGGGUCACAGCUCAGCCACAGCGUCCUGGAGAACACCGUGUGCUACGACAGCGACGAGACAAACGCCCGGAGCGUGUCCAGCAUGUCCAACCGCUCGUCCCCGCUCUCCUGGCGCUACGGCCAGUCCAGCCCUCGCCUGCAGGCCGGUGACGCGCCCUCCUCCACCGGGGGCGGCUACCGCGGAGGCCAGGGGGCGGCCCAGUACGCCUCCCACACCAUGCCCCUGCGGAACUCCUCCCGCCUGAGCCACAUCUCCCGCGUGGAGCUCAUCGAGGGCCUGGACGCAGACGAUGACGCCGACCUCAAGUCCGGCUACCUGAGCGACAGCGACCUGAUGAGCAAGAGCCUGCAGGACGACGAGGACGACGACCUGGCCAACGGCUGGGACGAGAGCAGCUCCAUCAGCAGCGGGCUCAGCGACGCCUCGGACAACCUCAGCUCAGAGGAGUUCAACGCCAGCUCCUCCCUCAACUCUCUGCCCACCACACCCAUCAGCUCCCGGCGCAACUCCGCUAUCGUGCUGCGCACAGACGCGGAGAAGCGCUCCCUUGUGGAGAGCGGCCUGUCCUGGUACAGUGAGGAUGGGAAGGCACAUCGCAAGGGAGAGGAUGGGGGCUACGACACGGGCAGCCUCAAGACCGAGUCCUCCAGCAAGUGGAGGAAGUCUCGCCCCCAGGAGAGCGGCGGCGAUGACACGGGGGUCAAAGGGGAGCUUAGGAAGCCGCAGAGCCUGGGCCAACCCAACACCCUCAAGAAAGUCCGCAACCCACCUGUGGGGGUCACCUCCCCCAUCACGCACACAUCCCAGAGCAUGCUCAAAGUGGCGGGACCAAAGAGCGACCAGAAGGCGGUGGACAAGGCCAAGCUGGCGGUCAAGGCGUCGGGGCUGCAGCGGUCCUGCUCGGACGCGGGAAAGGACCGUGGGGAGCACCACAAGCCCCCUUCGGGCCUGGUUCGCCCCUCCACCCGCAGCUCCUUUGGCUACAAGAAGCCCGCCCCGGCGACCGGCACGGCGACGGUCAUGACCGCGGGGGGCACUGCCAUCUCCAGUGGUUCAGCCACAGUGGGCAAGACGCCCAAAUCCUCCGGCAUCCCCGUGAAGCCGGCAGGCGGGGGCGGGGGUGGGCGGAAGACCAGCCUGGACGUGUCCAACUGCGACCAGGGCUUCCUGUCCCCAAACGCCCGCAACAACAUCCAGUACCGCAGCCUGCCGCGCCCCGCCAAGUCCAGCGCCAUGAGCCUGACGAGCCGCGGCGGCGUCAGGCCCGUCAGCAGCAACAUCGACGCCAGCCUGCUCAGCCUCAAGCCCGUGCCCAACGCCGCCUUCGCCGCGGGCACCGGGGGAUCCCGGCUGAAGGAGCCGGGCGCUGGCAAGCUGGGCGGCCGGGCCAGCAUGGGCCCUGUCAACCAGACCGACCGCGAGAAGGAGAAGGCCAAGGCCAAGGCUGUGGCGUCAGACUCAGAAGCCGGCCCCCUGAAACCAGGUCCUGCCCUUUCCUCCCAGACCCCUGGGGAGGCGGGCUCCAAGCUGCAGGGGCUACGGCCGUCCAGCGCGGGAAAAUUCUCCGAGCUAUCGUCUCCGACCUCUCACAGGGCGCCGGGCAGCAAGUCUCUGGGCAAGCCGCCCAGCCUGGCCCACCUGGACAAGGUGAACUCCAACAGCCUGGACUCCACAAUGGCAGGUGGUCAGGACGAGCUGUCACCGAAGGUGCCACCCUACUCCAAGCUCCAGGACCUGGCGGGGUCGGGCGGCGCCACGCCCUGCCUGACGCCCAGCCCCGCCCCCAUCCUCAACGUCAACUCGGCCGGCUGCUUCCCGGAGCAGGAUGUGGGGCCGAGCGGCUCCCCUCUGCUCUACCCCCGCCUCUCGGGCCUGCACCGCAGCAUGGAGUCCCUGUCCCUCCAGAUGAGUGUGCCGCCGGGCACAGGGUACCCCGCGGCCGAGCCCCGGGACAGAGAGGAGGAGAGGGCUCCGUCGGGGUGGAGCGCCGGCAGCAGGACCUCCCUCACUCUGCUAGACAGUUCACAAAGGGAUAGGAACACCCUGCCUAAGAAAGGAUUAAGCCGCUACAGUACCAGCCAAUCAGAGGAAGAUGCCAAGGAGAGACGCCACUCCCACACCAUCGUGAGCCUGACGGAGUCUGAGAGCCCCCCGCAGCUCCCCUCGCCCACCUCCAUCUCCCUAUCGUCCUCCAUCAAGGGCCCCUUCACCAACGUGGUGGCCCCCACCCCCAACGGAGCCCCCCCGCGAAUGACCCGCUCCAACAGCAUCCCCACCCAUGAUUCCGGGAUCGAGCUGUACGGCGCCUCCCCUCUGGGCAGCACCCUCUCGCUGGCUGACCGGCCCAAGAGCAUGAUCCGGUCCGGCUCAUUCCGCGAGCCCGGGGACGACGUCCACGGCUCCGUUCUCUCGCUGGCGUCCAGCGCUUCGUCAAGCUAUUCCUCGCAAAUCCGCAAACUGAGGAGGGAGCUGGAGUCUUCCCAGGAGAAGGUGAAAUGCCUGACCACGCAGCUGUCUGCCAACGCGAACUUGGUGGCCGCCUUCGAGCAGAGCCUGGCCCUCAUGACCACACGGCUGCAGACCCUGUCCGUCAGCGCGGAGCAGAAGGACACGGAACUGAUGGACCUGCGCGAGACCAUCGAGAUGCUGAAGGCAAAGAACGCCGAGGCCCACGACAUCAUUCACGGGGCGCUCAACAACCCCGACAUCGCCCCCAAAGAGCUGCGGAUCAAAAGGCAGAACUCCUCAGAAAGCAUCUCCAGCCUCAACAGCAUCACUAGCCACUCAAGCAUCGGCAGCUGCAAGGACGCUGACGCCAAGAAAAAGAAGAAGAAGAGCUGGGUGUUUGAGUUGAGGAGUUCCUUCAACAAGGCCUUCAGCAUUAAGAAGGGGCCCAAAUCCACCACCUCAUACUCCGACAUCGAGGAGAUCGCCACCCCCGAUUCUUCUGCCCCUUCUUCCCCGAAACUCUCGCACGAGGGAGGGGACAACCCUCCAGUUGCCCUGAAGCCCUCUGCCUCCGCCUCCUCCUCAGUAAUUUUCGAGGGGUCCGAGGAGACAGAGAGCGAGGAGAAAGCGGUCUCAGAGCUGCGCUCAGAGCUAUGGGAGAAAGAGAUGAAACUGACGGACAUCCGCCUGGAGGCCCUGAGCUCCGCCCACCAGCUGGAACAGCUGCGGGAGGCCAUGAACAACAUGCAGGAAACUGUGGAGAACCUGAAGGCAGAGAACGACCAGCUGAAGACUGGAACGGGCCUCCAGCCAGGCACGGGCCCCACCUCCUCCACUUCCCAGCCAUCCGGCCUGACAUCGCUGUUGGGCUCAUCGCCACGGCAGUCAUUGACCAUGUCCCUCACCAAGUCCUUCAGCCUGAGCCUGAACGAGUGCAAUGAUCCGGACGUCUCUCCGAUGGAGGUCCUGAGUCUCUCGUCCCAGAAGGAUGAAGUGUGCCUACGGGUGGUCAUUCGCGUGCCUGACCAGCGGGUCUUCAAAGACGAGGUGAAGCAGCAGGAUUUCUUCAUCGGCUCGGUGAAGCUUCAUGGGAAAACUGACUGGGCUGUGCUGGAUGCAGCCAUCGGCCAGGUUUUCAAGGAUUACAUCACCAAGGUGGACCCGACCUCGAGCCUUGGCCUCUCCACAGACUCCAUCUACAGCUAUAGCAUCAACCAGGGCAAGAGGGUGCUGGGCGCCGAGGCCCCCGAUGUCUCGCCCUCCCAUUGCAUGGGCAAGGGUCCCAGCAACAUCACCGUGGCCCUUAAAGGCCUGAAGGAGAAGUGCGUGGACAGCCUGGUGUUCGAGACGCUCAUCCCCAAGCCCAUGAUACAGCACUACAUCAGCCUCCUGCUCAAGCACCGGCGCCUCGUCCUCUCCGGGCCCAGCGGCACCGGCAAGACCUACCUCACCUACCGGCUGGCCGAGUACCUGGUGGACCGCAGCGGGCGCGAGGUCACCGAGGGCAUCGCCGUCAUCUACAACAUGCACCGCCAGUCCUGCAAGGACCUUCAGCUGUACCUAUCCAACCUGGCCAAUCAGAUCGAUCGGGAGACCGGCACAGGAGACGUUCCCUUAGUCGUCAUCCUGGACGACCUCAGCGACGCCGCCUCUAUCAGUGACCUGGUCAACGGCGCCCUGACCUGCAAAUAUCAUAAAUGCCCGUACAUCAUCGGAACGACCAAUCAGCCUGUGAAGAUGACCUCCAACCAUGGCCUCCACCUCAGCUUCAGGAUGGUGACCUUCUCCAAUAACGUGGAGCCGGCCAACGGGUUCCUGGUGCGCUACCUGCACAGGAAGCUGAUCGAGGCGGAGAGCAAGAGCAGCGCGGGCAGUGAGGAAGUCCUGCAGGUCCUGGACUGGGUGCCCAAGCUCUGGUACCACCUGCACACCUUCCUGGAGAAGCACAGCACCUCUGACUUCCUCAUCGGUCCCUGCUUCUUCCUCUCCUGCCCGGUCACUGUGGAAGAGUUCCGCUCCUGGUUCAUUGACCUCUGGAACCACUCCAUCAUCCCCUACCUGCAGGAGGGCGCCAAAGAUGGCAUCAAGGUCCACGGUCAGAAGGCCGAUUGGGAAGACCCCGUAGAGUGGGUGAGGGGCACUUUACCCUGGCCCUCCGCCCAGCAAGACCAGGCGAAACUCUUCCACCUGCCACCUCCCAGUGUGGGCCCUGGCAGCACGGGGCAGCCUGCCGAGGAGAGGGUUGUCAAGGAGACCCCGCCAAGCUCCAUAGACUCAGAUCCACUGAUGGCCAUGCUUCUGAAGCUACAGGAGGCAGCCAAUUACAUUGAAUCUCCAGACCAUGAAACAGUGGUGGACCCAAGUCUCCAAUCCACGCUUUGAACACCACAAGGAAACUAAAGACUGAAUACUUUGGAUGGCUAGUGCUGUUAUUCCUUUUUCGUCGUUGGGCCUUUAGGCUUCGCAUUUUGUCUUUCAUGUGGGUUUUGCAGAGACAAAAAAAGAACUUUCAGACGUAGUCUGUCCUGUAUGUACUAGAACUCAAAUAUACUACUAUUAAAAACAAAGAUCUACCAGGAUGUCACCUAUAACUCUAAAAGAACAGAAGACAACUGUUUGUACCGUCCUUUUUAAGUUUUAUUAAUUCUACAAGUGCAUGGCAAUCAUUGCAACAGAUAUAAAAUGGAAUUAUAAGUUUCAGAUUAUUUUUUAAUUUUUGUUUUUCUCAAAGAAAAUGUUAUGAAGUUAUAUUUACUAAAAGAUAAUAAAUCCUCUGAUUGGGAGCCAUUACUGUUCCACUGCUGCCCUACACACCACUCAAGGAAGCUGCUGCUGAUUGGAAAACUUACAAGUAUUCUUACACCUCAUUGGUCCUCACAGCUUGUGGUCAGAGACAAAGGCACAUAGAGGCAGCAACAGCAAACACUUUCUUGUGACAUUGCUAAUGUUGUAU